GUUGGGUUGAUUCCCUCUCGUCGCCUGCCCGCCGGGGGCCUCGCUCGGCCGAUGCGGACACAAAGCCGGAGGAGCCUGCGCAGGAAAGCCUCAGGGAAGGGCCCAGGUGGAGCAUCUGGACCCCUAGCACCAUGGCUUCAUCAGAGCUGCCCCCCCACCCUGCAGUAGGUGACCAUCUUGUCCCAGAGCCCCCCAGCCCCCUGGCCCACGGGGUGGAAGAUCUGGGUGAAGCCUUUGCCUUUGAGGACAGCGAGGAAGAGGAGGAGGAGGAGGAGGAAGAAGACUCAACGGCUGAAGCUGUCCUCCGGGCACCUCCUCGCAGGCGCCGUGCUGCCAGCUCUGGAACUGAUGGGUUGGUGCCAGAGACCCAGGAAGGGUUGCCAGCAGGGAUGAGCAAUGGGGAGGCUGCUGGAGAUGCCCCCAUCAAUGCCCAGACCUGGAAGAGGAAAAGCAGCAGCCAAGAGGAGCGCUUUGAGUUCCCACCCGUGGAGGAUGAUGUGAUCUAUGAUGAUGUCCCCUGUGAGACCCUUGAUGCUGACCAUGAUGGCCUGAGCACCAAGCCCAGCCUGAUCUACGAGGAGGUGCAGCGUGGCGAGGGACCGCGGCUGGCCGAGGACUUGGGCUGGAGCUCCAGCGAGUUCGAGAGCUACAGUGAGGAUUCUGGGGAGGAGAACAAGCCUGAGGCUGAGCCCACCAAGCAUCGAGCAUCAUUCCAGCCCAAGCUUUCUCCAGACCUGAAUAGACUAAAGGAGAGAUACGCCAGGACUAAGAGGGACAUCCUGGCUUUAAGAGUUGGGGGGAGAGACAUGCAGGAGCUGAAGCAGAAGUACGAUUGGAAGAUGACCCAGCUGAUGAAAGCAGCCAAAAGUGGUACCAAGGAUGGUUUGGAGAAGACCAAGAUCGCUGUGAUGAGGAAGGUGACCUUCCUGCACCGGAAAGAAGCACCAGGGGAUGGGGAGCGGAGGAGGAGGGCGGCGGAGGUGGAAAAGCAGCCUCUUGCCCGCCGGAGCUCGAGGGUCUCCCUGGAGCAUCACAGGGGAGGGGACUCUGAGGAGGAGGACACAGGUUUCCUGGAGGUGACAGUCUCUGACAUGAAGCACCCACCGCCAGAGCUGGGCCCCAUGCCUGAGGGGCUGAGCCCACAGCAGGUGGUGCGGCGCCACAUCCUGGGCUCCAUCGUGCAGAGCGAGCGCAGCUACGUGGACUCCUUGAAGCGCAUCCUGCAGGACUACAGGAACCCCUUGAUGGAGAUGGAGCCCAAGGUGCUGAGCGCUCGGAAGUGCCAGGUGGUGUUCUUGCGGCUGAAGGAGAUCCUGCAGUGCCACUCCAUGUUCCAGAUCGCCCUGGCCUCGCGCGUGGCCGAGUGGGACUCUGCUGAGAAGAUCGGGGACCUCUUCGUGGCCUCGUUCUCCAAGUCGAUGGUGCUGGAUGUCUACAGUGACUACGUCAACAACUUCACCACUGCCAUGUCCCUCAUCAAGAAGGCUUGUCUCACCAAACCUGCCUUCCUCGACUUCCUCAAGAAGAGGCAGAUGGCCAGCGCUGACCGGGUCACGCUCUACGGACUGAUGGUGAAGCCCAUCCAGAGGUUCCCUCAGUUCAUCCUCCUCCUGCAGGACAUGCUGAAAAACACCCCCAAGGGCCAUGCAGACCGCUUGUCCCUCCAGCUGGCCCUCACCGAGCUGGAGACCUUGGCAGAGAAGCUCAACGAGCAGAAGCGCUUGGCUGACCAAGUGGCUGAAAUCCAACAGCUCAGCAAGAGCAUCAGUGACAGAAGCAGCCUCAACAAGAUGCUGAGCUCGGGGCAGCGGCAGCUCCUGCUCUGCGAGACGCUGACGGAGACAGUGUACGGCGACCGGGGGCAGCUCAUCAAGUCCAAGGAGAGGAAGGUUUUCCUGCUCAAUGACAUGCUGGUCUGUGCCAACAUCAACUUCAAAGGCCAGCUGGAAAUUAGCAGCCUGGUGCCCCUGGGGCCCAAAUACGUGGUGAAGUGGAGCACAGCCCUCCCACAGGUGCAGGUGGUGGAGGUGGGACAGGAGAGUGGUGCCUACGACAAGGACAACGUAGUCAUCCACAACGCUGGCGCCAAGAAGCACGCACCCAGCGGGCAGGCUUCGCACAAUAAAGUCUACCUGGGACCACCACGGCUCUUCCAGGAGCUGCAGGACCUGCAGAAGGACCUGGCGGUGGUGGAGCAGAUCACCCUUCUCAUCAGCACCUUGCAUGGCACCUACCAGAACCUCAACAUGACAGUGGCCCAGGACUGGUGCUUAGCCCUGCAGAGGAUGAUGAAGGUGAAGGAGGAGGAGAUCCACUCCGCCAACAAAUGCCGUCUCCGCCUCCUGCUGCCUGGCAAACCAGAUAAGUCUGGCCGUCCCAUCAGUGUCAUGGUGGUCUUCAUCACUCCCAGCCCCCUGAGCAAGAUCUCCUGGGUGAAUCGCCUGCACUUGGCCAAGAUAGGACUGCGGGAGGAGAACCAGCCAGGCUGGCUCUGUCCUGAUGAAGACAAGAAGAGCAAAGCUCCUUUCUGGUGCCCCAUUCUCUCCUGCCACAUGCCUGCCUUCUCCAAGGCCCUUGAUCUUCAGCUCGGCGCCGCAGUGCACAACCCUGUGCAGUCCUCUCUGCUGGGCUUCUCCGCCGUCAGCACCUCCCUGCCUCAAGGCUACCUCUGGGUUGGUGGGGGCCAGGAAGGAGCAGGGGGACUGGUGGAGAUCUUCUCUCUCUACCGCGCUGCGCCGCGGACGGUGAAGUCCUUCCCGGUGGCUUCCCCGGUGCUGUGUAUGGAGUACAUCCCUGAGGUGGGUGAGGAGGACCAGGCAGGUACCCAGGAGCCUCACCUCACCACUGAACAGCCCUCAGCAUCCCCACAUCCCACUGUCUGCUUGGGGUUACGGGAUGGCAGCAUCGUGGUCUAUGGCAGUGUGGACAUGGGGGCUCAGUGCUUGUUGACCUGCAAGAGCCCAGGCACACAACCUGUCCUCUGCUUGAGGCACAGCCCUGACUACCUCUUCGCAGGGCUGCAGGAUGGGACCGUGGCUGCCUACCCCAGGAGCAACGGGGGGUUGUGGGACCCAGCUCAGCAGCCCACCUGCCUGACUGUGGGUCCUGGUCCUGUGCGAGCUCUGCUGACGCUGGAUGAGACCCUCUGGGCCAGCUGUGCCAACCAGGUCACUGUCCUUGAUGCCACCAGCCUCCACACCCAGCAAACCUUUGAGGCCCACCCUGACAGGGAGGCAAGUGUCACACACAUGAUCAAGGCAGGCAGUGGGGUCUGGAUGGCCUUUUCCUCAGGCUCCUCCAUCCGCCUCUUCCACACCGAGACGCUGGAGCAUCUGCAGGAGAUCAACAUUGCCACCAGGACCACUUUUGUCCUCCCAGGUCAGAAACACGUCCGUGUCACCAGCCUGCUCAUCUGCCAGGGGUCACUCUGGGUGGGCACUGAUCAGGGCAUCAUCGUGCUGCUGCCUGUGCCCCGUUUGGAGGGUAUCCCCAAAAUCACUGGGAAGGGGAUGGUGUCCCUCAACGGGCACGGCGGCCCCGUGGAGUUCCUGGCGGUGGCGCUGAGCACCCUGGCACCUGACGUGCUGAAGGGCGACCAGGAGGAGGAAGAGGAGGGCGAGGAAGAGAAGCCCCCGGAUCUGGAUGCUCCCCAGCCUCGGGAACUGAGGAAGAAAGGGAUUUUGUUACAGUAUCGCCUGCGCUCCACCUCCCACCUGCCCGGGCAGCUGCUGUCGGUGCGGGAGGCGCCGGCGGGGGGCGCGGCGGAGCACACGGAGGAGGAUGGCUCCAUCUACGAGCUGGCAGACGACCCCCAGGUGUGGGUGCGCAGCCGACCCUGUGCCCGCGACGCCCCCCGCAAGGAGAUCUCCUCCGUGGCCAUCGUCUCGGGGGGCCGCGGCUACCGCAACUUCAACGCCGAGGCGCCGCGGAGGGGCGGCGAUGCCGACAGCACCCUGCUCAUCUGGCAGGUGCCCCUCAUGCUGUAGCUGCCCGCGGGCACCCCGCCUGGCACCCGCCUCUAUGCUCAUCCACCUGAUGCCCACCUGCCUGGCACCCAUCUGCCUGCUCAUCCACCUGGUGCCCACCCGCCUGGCACCUACCUGUCUGCCCAUCUGGCUGGCACCCACCUGGCACCUGCCUGUCUGCUCAUCUACCUGAUGCCCACCCAGCUGGCACCUACCUGUGCCCAUCUAGUUGGCACCCACCUGGCACCUGCCUGUCUGCUCGUCUACCUGAUGCCCACCCAGCUGGUACCUACCUGUGCUCAUCUGGCUGGCACCCACCUGGCACCUGCCUGUCUGCUCGUCUACCUGAUGCCCACCCAGCUGACACCUACCUGUGCCCAUCUGGUUGGCACCCACCUGGCACCCAUCUGCCUGCUCAUCCACCUGAUGCCCACCCGCCUGGCACCUAUCUGUCUGCCCAUCUGGCUGGCACCCACCUGGCACCUGCCUGUCUGCUCCUCUACCUGAUGCCCACCCAGCUGGCACCUACCUGUCUGCCCAUUUGGUUGGCAUCCACCUGGCACCUGCCUGUCUGCUCAUCUACCUGAUGCCCACCCAGCUGGCACCUACCUGCCUGCCCACCCAGCUGGCAUCCACCUGGCACCCAUCUGCCUGCUCAUCUACCUGAUGCCCACUCGCCUGGCACCUACCUGACUGCCCAUCCAGCUGGCACCCAUCUGGCCCCCUGCCUGCCUGCUCACCUACCUGUCUGCCCACCCAGCUGGCAUCCACCUGGCACCUACCUGUCUGCUCAUCUACCUGAUGCCCAUCCAGCUGGCACCCACCUGACACCUGCCUGUCUGCUCGUCUACCUGAUGCCCAUUCAGCUGGCACCUGCCUGUCUGCCCACCCAGCUGACACCUUAUGCACCCAUCCAACUGACUCCUGCCUACCCACCCUCUUAGUCUCUACCUUCCCACCCUCCUGGCACCUACCUAUCCACUCAUACCCAUGGCACCUACUCCCCAACCCAGCUGAGUCCUAACUUCCUACCCUCCUGGCACCUACCUACCUCCCACUCACUUGGCACCCACACACCUUCCUCCCCACCAGGCAUCUUUCCACCCACCCAUCUGGCACCAACCUGCCUCCUCACCUGGCACCUACCUACCCACCCAACUGCCACUCACCUAGCACCCACUUGUCUGACACCUGACAUAUACUCACCCUCUUGGCGCCUACUUGCCCCUUUGGCACCCAUCUACUCACCCAAGAGCCACUCACCUGGCACCUACCCACCCCCAUAGCAUCUGCCUACCCACUAACCUGGCACUUACCUGCCUGGCACCUACCCACUCCCAUAGCAUCUGCCUACCCACUAACCUGGCACUUACCUGCCUGGCACCUACCCACCCCCAUAGCAUCUGCCUACCCACUAACCUGGCACCUACCCACCCCCAUAGCAUCUACCUACCCACUAACCUGGCACUUACCUGCCUGGCACCUGGGCACCUUCCUGCUCACCCACCUCUUUGGCACCUCCCUAGGCACUCACACACCUGGUCCCUUCCUACCCUCCUGACACCUAGCACCUCCCUGCCCCCUUGCCACCCACCUACCCACCCAAGUGCCACUCACCUGGCACCUCCCCACCCACCUGAUGCCUUCCUACCCACAUACCUGGUACCUACCUCAGACAGGCUCCCCCCCGAGGCUCUGGGAGGGGUGGGGGUGGUGGCUCUGUGCCCUGGGUGCAUCACCCUUUGUCUUGCACAGGGUGGGGGGAGAAACCCCUGGGAAAUGAGGGAGCUGGGGGGGGGGGGAUUUUGCUUUAGUUUUUGCUCUCCUCCUGCUCCCCCAAACCAACUUUGUGCAGAGUGAAGGGGGGGGGAAAAACCACCCUGAAAAAUGAGGGAUUUGGGGGGGGCUUAGUUUAUUUUUUGACCUCCUUCUCCUCCCCCAAACCAUUUAUUGUGCAGAGAGUGAGGGAGGGGAAAAACCACCCUAAAAAUGAGGGAUUUGGGGGGGGUUGCUUUAUAUUUUGGCUUCCUCCUCCCCCAAACUAACUUUUUCCCCUCACUCUGCACAGAAUCAACCUGAAAAAUGAAGGAUUUGGGGGGGGGCUUAGUUUAUUUUUUGACCUCCUUCUCCUCCCCCAAACCAUUUAUUGUGCAGAGAGUGAAGGGUUGGGGGGGAACCAUCCUGAAAAUGAGGGAUUUGGGGGGGGUUGGUUUAUAUUUUGGUCUCCUCCUCCCCCAAACUAACUUUUUCCUCUCCCUCUGCACAGAAUCAACCUGAAAAAUGAGGGAUUUUGGGGGGGGUUUGCUUUAUUUGUUGGCCUCCUCCUCCCCCCCCCAAACCAUUUAUUGUGCAGAGAG